GGGGCUCAUUUUGGUUUGGACGUCAUGACUGGCCCCGCUACUGCCUCUGUGCCUCACCCCACGACUGUGGGCAACACGUUCGUGAAGCAAUACUACAACCUGCUCACCGAGUCCCCCGAGAAACUUCACCGCUUCUACAAGGAAGAGAGUACGUUCAGCCACGGCCAUGGUUCGCACCCAGAGGAGUCCGUGUCUGGUCAAGCGGCCAUCAACAGCACGAUCCUCAAAAAGCAUUACAAUGGUGCAGUGGUGCAACUCGACCAUGGUUCCAUUGAUUGCCAAGGGAGCCAACAGGGGGGAGUCGUCGUCUUGGUCACGGGAGUGAUCACGCUGCAACGAAGUUCACCCGCGCACUUUGUGCAAUCUUUCUUCCUUGCAGUGCAGGAAAACGGGUACUUUGUGUUGAACGACGUCCUGCGGAUCCUCAGCAUUCCUUCGGCGAAGCAACAACAACCUGUGUCUCCGAAGAAGGCUGCACCUGCUCCAUCGCCCUCCAAGUCCACGCAGACGCAAGCCAAGGAGCAAGCUGUGACGUCGCCAAAACAUCAGGCCACACCUGCUGUAGUUUUGUCUCCUCCAUUGCCUGCUUCGAACGCUCCUCAAGUGGAAAUUACUGCGCAUGUUUUGUCUCCUAAACAUGCCGCGAACCCAACUUCUCCCACGAAAAAGCCAUCCACCCCAAAGCCGUCGACCCCGAAACCUGCAGCUGGAAGUUCGGUUACCGCUGCUGCAGCCGUCGUACACGAAGAACCGAAGAGCGUUCGUCCUGCAUCGCCUAAGAAGGAUGAAAAGCAUGUUGUUUCGCCCAAGAACAACAAGCCCAAGCAAACCAAACCCAAGUCCCAUGACGACGAACGAGCUGCCGCGCCAGCUCCUGCCGCCGACCCGAGCGCGCCUAAGAGCUGGGCCUCGCUUUUCGUCGGUGGAGACAAGAAGGUGUCGGCGGUGGCCGCCGUGGCAUCCGCGGUGUCUGCCAAGGUGGUGUCGCCUCGCAAGAAGCAACAGCCUACGUCCUCGUGGGACGACGAAGCGUCAGCGGCCGUGAUUUCUCCUCCUCCUGCUCCUGUCUCUGCACCCAGUCAAAAGCCAGGCCGACCGGUGUACUUCAGCUUGUACAUUAAGCAAGUGCCCUCCCCCACGACGUCGCACGAUCUCAAGGAACUGUUCAAAUCGUACGGGAAGAUUGCUGCCACGAACGUCAACGAGAGCAAGGGUCACGCGUUUGUCGAUUUUUAUGAAGAAGAAAGCAUGAGAAGUGUCCUGGCGGCGGUGGCGGACGGCGUCGAGUUUUCCAUCCAUGGCCAAAUACUGAAUGUUGUCGAACGCGUCUCCAAGGACAAGGCUUCGUUCACCAGCGGCGGCCGUGGAGGUCGUGGCCGAGGUAACGGCGAAGGCGGAUACGCUGCUGGUGGCCGCGGCGGCCGAGGUGGGUUCAACGGUCGGCCCAAAGACGGGGCGGCGUCGUCUGGCCGACCCAGCGGUGGACGUGAUGGGAAGCCUGGUGGCCGUGGUGGUCGCGGUGGUGGAUACCAAGGCGCCGCCAAUUAACGACGAGGCGAAGUAGAUCAGACGAAUAGGGACGUACGAAGGGUCUUGUCAGGGCAUAUAGACAAGAUGCUGUAACCAUAAUCUAACGUGAAAAGUUGCCCGGAUGAGGAAACUCUGCUGUGCAUGUACAGACUUGUGAACACGGCAG